CUGGGCAAAUUUUGUGCGUGCAGCAGUUCGAGCAUUACAUACUGCCGCAAACGGCUGUGUUUAGUUCUAACCGUGUCGGUUAACAGUCUGGAACAAUCAAUUGUCCGGUGGCAAGCGGAGUUGGUGUUUGGCCCUGCCAGUGAACACCUUCACAUUCUAGUUAAAAAUAAUACCGGACGUCGUGUCGACGGUCGUUUUCUCACUCGCUUACCCUUUCUUGACUCACGGCCCCCUUUAGGCCAAUCUCGUACCCUGGCCGAAGAGAGGUUGUUUUCCAUGGAGCGCCGUAUGCGGCGCGACCCAGCCUUUCGCGACAAAUAUGUCGAGUUCAUGCGCGAGUAUCAAGAGCUGGGUCACAUGUCACCGUCCAACUUCGACUGGCGUUCACAGGAGCACUACUUUCUCCCUCACCAUGCGGUCUUGAGGACCCCUGGGAGUAAGAUUCGGGUAGGUUUUGACGGCUCCGCCCCCUCGUCAAAUAGUGUGUCCCUGAACCAGUGUCUCCACUCUGGUCCUAAAUUGAUCAAGGACAUAUCCGACAUUUUGACUUACCUCCUUCGGCACCAAGUGGUUUUUGUAGCCGACAUUCAGAUGAUGGAACCGCUGAUGUUAACAACGCGAGAUCGUAAAUCUGCCGAAUUUACACUCAAGCAGUAUCUCUUUCGGCAGCGGGCAACUCUUCAUGGAUUAGAGGAACGAGUCUUUAGAGAACUUCCCAAGAUAGUGUACUGUAUUUGCGAGAGACUGCUCAAGUUAUGUGGCUGUCAUCAAGCCGCCGGCCAAGACUUCCGCGUAAGGAACCGUCCAUUCUACAAAACUUUCUUAGCCUACAAACUGAAAAAGAACAAACCUCCCGAUCCUGUAACUCCAGAAGAAAUUCCCGCAGGCCAUGUGACAACACUGCCUAUGGUGGAAUGGCGAGAUCCAGUAGAGGAGGAUGUAGAAAGAAGCUUGGAGUCAGUUAGUACGAUCACAGGAUCUUCCAGUGGCGGAAGCAUACCCGCCGUAGAUAUACAUAAGGCAUUCAUUUUGGAUCACCAAAGUCUUCCAGACGAGAAACAGAAAUACCUUAAGCAGCUACGUAAUGAGAUUAAUCAGAGUCGAGAAGCUAUGGACAAGAUUUAUGAUGAGGAAGAUCCCAUGGUGCUAUCUGGACUUCUUCUCGAAUGGUUGGACGGCCUGAAGCAACCAGUUCUUAAUCGGGAAGAUCUUUCCCUGAUAGUCGCGCGUGCGAAUAACGCGGAGCAUUGCAUAAUGGCAUUGCAAAUGGAGGACAUCUUGCUUAUAGAAUACCUGCUACGCUUUAUUAUACGCCUUCGACCGUUAGCAGCCAACAAAAAGAUCGACAUAAUAAAACGCCUGCUUGCUUCCCUCACGCAUCAGACUAUUUUAAUUGGCGGGACAUUUCUUCCCAGUGGCAGAGACUUCCCAAGACUGCGUGAUGGAACGUGCAGUCAAGUUAUUAACUUCAUGCUAAGGAUGAUCGUAGAAAUACAAAAGGAUAUUUUGAAACCCGGAAGAGAUGACACUGAUGUUGUCAUUCCACCACGAAGAUUAAGAAUAAAGGCUUGGAAAUAA